GUUGUAUCCAGCACUGCUCGUGUGUACGAAGGCUGCCGUGCGUGACCUCCAUUAUUUCCCAUCACGGGGUGACCAGCAUUUCUACCAACCAGGAAGUUGGAUGUGAAAAUACUUCUGCAGCGAAACUCCAUUUUAAUACGCAAAUGCACUAGACAUUCAGUGUACGUUCCUAAACCAAACGCUUUCGUAUCCUGUUUUCCAGAAAGUGUUUUAAUCUGUCAAAGCUGCACUUUACUGGUAGGCACUACUGUUUACUACGGGGCAGCUCGGAUUAAUUGGACGACUAAUUGUUGAGGUUUUUGACGAGCAAGGAUUAUUGGAAGUGGUUGGCUGCCUUUCAUUUUUAUGAACACUUGUUCACGUUCAAGUUUGCAUGGACAACUGUAGACAUUUGAAUUACGAUACGACCUUCAAUGGAUAAAGAAGACACUGUGCACAUAUCAAUUGUGGAGGAGCAAUCACCAAAGAACAACAUGGACAACGAUCUCCACGACAGCACUCGUUCUUCCUUCAUCUCGACCAACUCUUCGGGAACAUCAGGAACGUCCGAAGCAGAUGAUUUCAACUACAGAGAUUCAGUGAUUUCAACUUCCUCCAUGGACUCUGUUGACCGGAGUCCGUUGUAUUCAGGAGAUGUUAUAACAGGUGGUCUUGGCCGUGUAGGGUCUACUCGCUCCAUGCCGCCUGAAAGGAUCCAGGGAGCGGACUCGGAUCCAGAGGAGAUACAUGGAUUGUUGUCGAGAGAUAUCGUCAAAGAAAGACUUAGCCGUAAGACAGGUAUUAGGAGACACCACACAGUGACGCCAAAUUCUUCACCGAAGGUGCGGGAUCGAAGGAAUCGGUCCAACUCAUCCACUGAGGAGCCAUUAGAGAACCUUCUGGAGAAUGUCCCCAAAGAAUUCUUCACCCUAACCUUUGAACUUCGUGUUUACAGUCAAACUCGACAGAUAGUGGCUGCUAGGAACCUUUCACUAAGAGAGGCGAUCAGGCCGAUUUUAGCUGAGACUCAGAUCGAUCUACGAACCGUUGAUGUGUUCAUCGAGUCUUCAUCCACUCCGACGCCAUUUGAGUUACCGACCUUUCCUCUCAGUGGAAGACAUCUUUAUGUCAGAGCUAAAUCUGGCAAGAACUCACACACAAACAGCCCAAGCUUCUCAAGAAGGAGCAUGGAGGACCCGGAUUUUAUAGAGGAUCCAGGGACAGUACCAAUGAGGAAGGACAUGACAAAAUUCUUUGGCGUAGAGAGCAAUGAACUUCAUCAGGCAGCGACACCACGACAAUCAGUACAGCCACAGAAGAAGGAUCUAACCAAACACCUCGGUCUAAACGACGGGAAGUCAACUAUUGGUAAAAAUCGUCGCAAAUCAGUCCCCGUCAUUCCGCAAGUUCAAGUAAAGGAGAAGGUCGACCCAAAGUUACUCGCCCUAAAAGAAAAACUGGAUGAUUUUAUGAUCAGCGGGCUGCCCGACUUUCCUGCUCUUCUAACCUUCAGCAGCAACAAAAGAGAAAACGAUGACGAGGUGUUCCAAAUCGAGGAGUCGUGGAGGAGCUACGCCAAUCCUGACGACAUUAUAGACUUGACCAAGAAAGAGAUGGAUCAGCAAGAAGCUAUCUGGGAAAUCGUCAAGACAGAAGUGGGUUACAUCAAGAACGUCCGAAUCAUUGUAGAUUUUUAUUUAUGCACGUUGAUCAAUCUUCAAGCAUCCUUAAUGCUGAACGAGGUUGAGACAGAAAAGAUCUUCAGUAACAUCAGUGCCAUUGAGACGCUCCACACUAGAUUCUGGAAGGAUAGACUGUCUAAAGUCAUCUCCAAUGCUCGUCACGAAAAGAGAAUACUGUCAGCUACAGACUUGGCCGUCGCCUUUGAAGGGUUCCCAGAUCUCUUUGCGCCAUACAUCAAGUUCUGCACCGACGAAGCCGACUGUUUAGUGUACCUACGGGAGAGAGAGAAAGAGAAUGAAAUGCUCAAACACUUCAUCGAUUGGGCGCAGAGACACCCAGAGAGCAAGAGGCUGAAGCUGCGAGAUCUUCUGGUGUAUCCAAUGCAGCGAAUCACAAAGUACCCUCUUCUACUUCACGCCGUGGAGAAGAAGACUGUGGAUGAGGAGGUCAAAGCUGUAGUCAAAUCCAGGAUCUCUGAAGUAAAGGAGUUUGUUCUUCGAGUUAACCACGAGCUGAGACAAGAAGAAGAGAGGCAAAAGAUGGAGUUGACGAUCAGUCGUCUUGACGCCUACGAGGCGGUCAGUGUCCCAAGUGGUUGUGACGAGUUGGCAAAGCUAGUGGAGGAGAACUCUUACCUAGACUUGAUGUGCAGUAUGCCGGAUGCACCACCCCAGCAUGCUCGCUGGCUCUUAAUGCAAGGCUCUCUCAAGCUACGAGACGGGGACUCCAGCAGGGUGGACGCCUACGGCUUCUUGUUCACAGACAUGUUAGUUAUUGCCAGGCAACGCAAGAGUGAGCAGUUCCGUGUCAUUAAACCACCGAUGAGGGUCGACAGACUCCGAGUCCAGGAACUUAAAGAUUCCACUGGUUUUGCUCUGGUCCACUUGGACGACUACGACUGUGCUGCUUAUGGUUGCGUCUUAUCAACACCCAAAACAGCCACCUGGUUGCAGAAAAUACAAGCAGCAAAGGAUCUGUACAGCAGUAUCUGUGACUUCAAAAUCGAGUAUCCCAGCGGAGAGGAGCUUGAUGAUGGUUCAGGAGAGCCUCCUACCUCCCCAGAAGCAAUGAUCAUGCGUUCCACAGCCUUCUCGUUCAUGGACAGCUCACCAAACUCAAGUCCCCUUAACUCGCCCAAGUUACCCAUGAAACACCUACUUUCAGUAGACAUAAAGAGGGCGCGGUCCUCAAGUUCCUUAUCAAGUAUGCCAGGAGGUGGGGUGUCGCCAGUCCCAGAGGAAGAAGGCGAGGAAGGUGUCGACGGAGGAAGCAGGGACAGAAACAGUGACGAAGAUGACAUUUUGACAAGCCCCACAGACGGGGAUUCUAACUAUUUCGACACCUCAAGUGAGGACACAGUUAGUGUGAGCAGCAAUAACCUCAGCAGUUCCUCAUUGCAUGGCAGGGCAAGUUUACCUCAAACUAUCAUCAUAUCAUCCCCAACUUCCAGCGGUCCCGAUGAGGUUCUGUCUCCCAAAACCCCCACCAGGCGACCCGGAAUUCUGAUGCCGAUUCCUCCUAGCGCCAUCAACCUAAAGAGUCCUGCAUCUCCUGCUGCUGAUAUCAUCUCCUUUGAUGAAUCUGACGACGAGGAAGCCCCGCCUCAAGAGAACUCUGUCUACACAUUUGAUUCCGGAUCAUCACCAAAACGUAAGACUUCCCAUCAGGUCAACCAAAUAAUCCCAGUGAAGAACACAAAGAAGCGGAGUACCAGCGCCACUGGGCACAAUCACAAAUCGGAACUCGACAAAUCAAAGGAAGGGACUGGAGACCAACACAAAUCUAAAAGUAAAAAGAAGUUCUCACAAAUAACUAAUAACAUCACUAAGAAAUUCUCGAAGUAAUGGUUUGAGAAACGUAGAAGGCACAGAAAAGAUGUCUUUGGAAAGGUGGACAUGUGUAGCGACUAGUGAACCAGAUAAAACACUAGCUUUGUGAGCCAAGACUAUUUCAUUUAUGCCUAUUGUUCCCUGAUGGUAACAUCAGGCUCUCACAUGGAAUAAUGUGUCUAACAGGCCUUGAACCUCGCUCUCGAAGGGCCACAACAAUUUUCCUCCACUAAGGAGGCAUUCUAUGGAGAAUAUGUAUAAGAACCUUGCAGAGGGCAACUCAGCAAAAAAGCACAGGGCACCACCGCAAUUGCUGUGGAAGCCUUGGGUUAUUCUGAGGUCUGCCGUCGAUUUCACCAAAUUCUUCCUAACUUAAGACUAAUCUUAGGACUAAGGACGAGUCCCAACCCUGCAC